GGCAGGCUGAGCUUGUAAAAGAACCAUGACGCUCCAAGCUCCUCGCACGUCAGAGUUCACCUUUCAGUCUGCGGUACACAGCGCUCACGUUCUCCAGUGUCUGAACGAGCAGCGGGAGCAGGACGUCUUGUGCGAUGUGACGGUGGUGGUGGAAGACCAGAGCUUUCGGGCCCAUUGCUCCGUCUUGGCUUCUUGCAGCGAAUACUUUAACAGCAGGGUCGCCGGUGUCACCAGACAGAAUCCCAUCAUCACCUUGCCUGAUGAGGUGACCGUGAAGGGGUUUGAACCUUUGCUUCAAUUUGCCUACACAUCAAAGCUGCUUUUCACCAAAGAAAACAUUCACGCUAUUCACAGCAGUGCUGCGUUUUUAGGAUUUCACGACUUGGAGUCAGCAUGCUUUGAUUUCCUCAUCCCAAAAUUUUCUGAGGGCAAAAGCACCUCCCAGGAGGUCAGGCAUAGAGUCUGUUGUCGGAGCCGGGAACCCAGCGCCGGUUUUGGCACUAGUGUAGAGACUAGCCAACCAGAAUCAUUUGAGUCUCACAGCUCAGUGCCUUUAGGAGAGGAUGAACAAACAGACUUCCCAUCACAGUGUCCUCAGAACACACCGGGUCAGGCUGACGGCAGGGAGGAACACUUCUGUUUGGAGAGCUGUGGGCCACAAAUGGCCCCCUUGUCUCUGGAGUUAGCAAAUGGUGUGUGCCCCAUGUUGUCUUUGCCAUGCCCAGGCCCUGACAAAGCAGAUCAACCCUCUCAGUUUUGCGAACGAGACAUUUUAGGUAUGGGAGAUGUCUGUAAUCAAAGUGAGCUGAGUUUGGCAGACUGCAGCUUACCCUGUGAGCUGUCAACCCCAGGGGACGUGAAUCCACCAGAGCUCAUUGAGCCAGCAGGCAGAGAUAUUAAACACACCGUGGAGACACUUGGUGCUGAAGCCAGUUGUAACCCUGGCUCAUGCCCGCUCAAGACAUCAGGGGCAGAAGAUUGCGGCACGCUGUUAGAACAGAGUGAGGUUCGUCUUGAACAAGGAAUGGCAGGUGAUCUCUCAGACCCGACGCUGACUGCUCUAAGCCACGAGGAGGGAUUUGGGAAGAGGAGCCGCGUGGAGAGGGAGGUGGCUGAACAUCUGGCAAAGGGGUUUUGGCCUGACCUCUGCCCGUCUCAGGCUCCACCGCUCCCGCUCGAUCAAGUGGACCAAAACAAUCUGGCAAAAGCAUCGGACUUUCACUGGCUUAAGCAGCUGGACCUGAGCUCCAGUGCAGGAGACUGUCCCUUCCUCAGGGACUUUGGGACAGGCGAUGACCCCGCCACCCACGCUGACAGCUUGUCUCAGGCAGAGAAGAGUCCCUACAUGUCCUCCUCGCUCAACUCUGGGGAUGAGUCAGACCUGGACACAGAUGGGGAUACUGAGGCCAACAACAAAAGAGCAGCAGAGAUUCAGCUCCCCUUCCCGGUGGAGCAGAUCUCAGCGCUGACCCGCAGUGCAUUCCAGCAGCUUCUGAGACACCAUAAUCUGACUCAAGAUCAGCUGGAUUUCGUCCACGAUGUUCGCCGGCGAAGUAAAAACCGCGUUGCCGCACAGCGCUGCCGAAAACGGAAGCUAGACAGCAUACACCAGCUAGAAUGUGAAAUAAAGAAAUUAAAAAGUGAGAAAGAGCGACUGCUGCAGGAGCAGACGGAGCUGGAGCAAAACCUUGAAGAGAUGCAGCAGAGCCUGUGCGGGUUAUGUAAGAGUGUCAGCAUCGAGUCUGACUCCGAUCAGGACCACUUGCAGCUUCUUGCCAAGCUCUCCUCUCCAGACUUUCCCAUCUCUUCCCCCAGCAUUGUGGGAAAAAACGAGCAGUCACAGAUCACCAUUGAAAUGGUAAGUUGUUCUUCAGAGUGUGACCAAAGCGGGCCACCUGCAGACUCAGUUCAAGUCGCUGGACCACAGGCCAGCGCAGAGGAUGCAGGCUGCCCUGUUAAUGCGUCUUUGCUCAACGCCUGUCUGGACAUGAACAACACUUUAUAAUUGGACUUCCGUUAUCAUUUCAAAUUAUGCAGAAGUGCGGGGCCGAGCGCGGCCCUCGACUGUAUACUGUAAUCCUCUUUUGGGAUAGACGUGCUGUCCUGCGUGUUUCACCGAAUAAUUUUCUGCCUGAUAUCUUAAAUUGACGCAGAAAAUGUUGAUCAUUUCCUUAGCUGUAUUUCUACUCUGUACAUCACUGUAGUAAGAAACAGAAUCUGGUAUAAAUCAUUUUGACGGUGCAGGCAAUUUUCAGGUAAAUCCCCAAAGGUCCCAUUUGUACAUUAGGAAAAUGUUUCUUAAAGUUUGUUUUUUCUCAGGGAUGCUCAUAACCUGACUGUGGUUUGAAAUCUCGCCGCACACCCUCGCUACUCACCUCCUCACACCCAUACAUGCACACAGGUAUGAAUAGGAGACUUUCAUUUUAGGCUAUUUAUGUGUACUGUACGUUUUCAUCACUAUGCUGUUUGUUUGAUUAAAUAUGCACAGCACUAACAGAGGUUGUAACAGUAGAUGGAACGUGUUACUGGCCAAGCUAACCCUUCUGAACAGCAUUAAUUGCUAAUCUGUAGUUUAAAAAAAUAACUGCUACCUUUCUGUUUUGAGGAAUUGUUCUAGUGAAAAUGUUACAGGACGACAUAGAAGUUUUUGUUCUUUGAUGCAAAAUGUGCCUUAUGCAAUUGUAUAGUGUAAAUUCAGAAAGAAAAAAAAGGCAAUCUUUAUAUGCCCUCGUUCCAAGGACUGUUGCACAUUAACCCAGAGCUAAUACUGAUGGCAUACAUUUAGGUCUGUCUGCAUGUUGAGUAUUUUUUAUUAAAAGCUUUCAUGGAUUACAGAUUUAAAUAAACAACAUUUUGUUACC